AUGGGCAAGAAGGAAAAGAAGAAGAGCAAAGCUGCUGGUGAGGCGCAGCCUCAAGCGUCUAUAUCAACGCCUUCGAAUAUACUCACCACGACAUCUGCUAUAGCCGCUGAUCCAACACUUGGCUAUAAAGUUCGUGUACUUCUCUACGACUUCCUGAACGUCACGAAAGACAACAACUCAGAGAAGCGUAUUAACAAUACUACGGAUGAGCACUAUAUCAGUGGCCCGUAUUUCGAUGAGACCCAAGUUGCGAUAAUCAAAGCUGCAACCGUAGAUGUUAACCUCGACAGACACACGGAAGACAGCGGAACGGAAGACUUAGAUUCAGUCAUGGUAUCACAACAAGGUCAGAGCUUUGAGGAAGCUGUCAAAGCUCUCCUGUCUAGUUUCAUCGAUAAGAGAAGCGCGAGUGGUGAUGCUCGACCUUGUGGGCCUCAUCAUCUGGCGCCUAUGUAUGCCAAAUUCUUUGGUAUCGACAUGGAAGAGUUGAAGGAUGCAAAGUUCCUGAGUCGACUGAGACGAGCUGGAAUCUGA